AUGGCGGCAGCAGGAGCAUCCGGCGGCUCCGACGAGGUUGCGCGCAUGAGGAUGAUGUGCAGCCACGGCGGCCGUUUCUUGCCCUGCGGCGCCGACGGCGCGAUCCGGUACGUGGGAGGCGAGACGCGCGUCCUCGUCGUGCCGCGCUCGGUCUCGUUCCGCGAGCUCGCCGCAAAGCUGGGCGAGAUGGAGGUCGGCAAGAUCGUGUCCACUGUCAGAUACCGCCUCGCCGACGACGACGGCGUGCUCGUGUCGGUCACCUGCGACGACGAGCUUGCCCACUUGCGCGACGACUACGACCGCCUCAAGGCGACGCGCCCGUCCGCGAGCUUCCGGGUGUUCUUCUCCGGCCAGCGGCGCGCGGCGUCAGGGCGUCCCCCGCUGCCACCCAAUAUGCGCCGCGUGCAGAGCGCGCCGGCGCUCCCCGCACGCGCCGGCCUGCGCUGCGGCGGCGCUCCAGCGCCCAUGCGGCGCGUGCAGAGUGCGCAGGAGUUCGCCGGGUGCGCCCGCUUACAGCCGUGCUGCUACCACUACGACAGGCACCACCAGUGCUACUGCGGCUGCAACCGGCGCCACGAACAGUAUCGGGUGCCGUCGCCGGUGACGCCGGUGUAG